AUGCUCUCAGGCGCCUGCCGCCCUCACAUGCUCGGCAAGGCUUUCUUUGAGAUGGCCGACUACCCGCGUGCACAGAAGGCGCUGGAGGACAUGCAGCAGGUUCAGCCCUACCGCCUCGCUGGACUCGAUCUUCUUUCUACAGCCCUUUGGCACCUUAAGGCUGAAGUCGACCUCUGCUUCCUCGCCCAGAAGGUCCUGGAGCAAAAUCGACGUGCGCCGGAAGCC